CAAAAUAUGAGUGCCUCGUGCAAGUGAUGACGGCGUUGAGUUGAUAGUUGGAAAAAGUACGGAAAAAAAUAAAAAUAAAAAAUCAGAGUUUUGGCGGCGGCGGCAAGAUUUUCCUCGUCAACCCAAACACCCGACAGAAUCUUGUGAAUAUUUAAAUGAAUGCGGUGCUGAAAACCCGAGUUCUAUCCCACCCACAGGACUAAAAUUUGGAAAUUUCCUUAAUUAUUUAUUCUAAAUACACGGAUGAUUCAAUAUUGAGGGUCCGAGCGUUCUUUUGCACUCUAUUUUUUUUUUGCAUUGAAACUUCCAUCGCGGACGAUGAGACCGCGAUAUCGGCCAAAACUGACGAUUCCGCCCUGCACAUUCUGCGGCGCAAGUUUCUCUACAACAGCAGCCCGCCGUGCGCGGAAACCAAGCAAACUACUACCAGAUUCCCCAGCGCGUACUCGUUUUGCCCCAUCUCCUACGGGAUACCUCCACCUUGGCUCCCUGCGGACGGCUUUGUUCAACUACCUUCUCUCGAAGAGAACAGGCGGCCAGUUCCUUUUGCGGAUAGAGGAUACGGAUCAGAAAAGGACAAUUGCUGGCGCUGAACAACGGUUGUACGAAGAUUUACAAUGGGCUGGGCUUCAAUGGGAUGAGGGCCCUAUUGUCGGCGGCCCCUAUGGUCCGUACAAGCAGUCCGAACGCACAUCAUUGGGAAUAUACACAGAAGAGAUUCGCAAGCUUCUAUCUACGAAAAAUGCGUACAGAUGCUUUUGCUCCCAGGAACGGCUCGAUACUCUCGCCAGGCAUCGGAAUGAGCUGGGACUUCCACCUGGGUAUGACGGAACGUGCAGGGGAAUAUCACCAGAGGAGGCUGAAGAACGCGCGCAUAAUGGGGAACCGAACGUUGUUCGUUUGCGUGUGACAGGACCAUUCCCUAUGUUCACAGAUCUCGUAUUUGGGAAAACCGGUCAGAAUCAGACUGCGGGCUCUGGUCGGCUCCGCAGCCAGCAGAGUGACCCUAUUUUACUCAAAUCAGAUGGAUAUCCAACAUACCACCUAGCCAAUGUUGUUGACGACCACUAUAUGAAGAUAUCGCAUGUUAUUCGGGGCACGGAAUGGAUGGCCUCGACUCCUUUACAUGUUGCGUUGUAUAACGCUUUUGGAUGGGAGCCACCAGCAUUUGGACACGUCCCGCUCCUAACCGAAAAAAGUGGACAGAAGCUUAGCAAGCGUAACGUCGACAUCGACAUCUCGUUCUUCAGGGACAAAGAGGAAAUUUUCCCGGAAGCGCUGGACAACUUCGCUGCGUUACUGGGCUGGUCACAUUCUCGAAAGUCUGACAUUUUCAGCUUGAAAGAUCUGGAGCAAAGUUUUGACCUCAAACUCACGAAAGGAAAUACCAUCGUCUCCUUCGAAAAAUUGUGGUUCCUACAAAGUGCACAUGCGCAGCGAUAUGCGGCUGAAGGAGGUCCUGAAGCCGAGUCCAUGGUCGAUCGAAUUGAAAAGGCCGUGAGAACACAGCUCACAGAUGAACAACUCUCCCCCUUGCUAAAACACCAUACCCUCCGCGAACACAUCGCCUCCAUAGUGCGGGAGGGCGGAGCGCGCGGCUAUACAAACGCAUCAAAAUUCAUCGAAGAGAAUAGGUCCUUCUUCGCCGCAUCCCUCAACCGACCUCCCUAUAUUCCCACCACUCCAUCUCCACCCAAAAAUAAAGCUCAACCCGAAACUGAGACCGAAACUUCCACCAUAAUCCCUCCCACCAUCACCCCAAUCGCAGACCUCCACACCGCCGCCGCAGCUCUCUGCCUAGUCCCCGAUGAGCACUGGACCACAGAAACCCACAAGCGAAACAUAUCCUACCUCCUCAGCGAUAUCCCAGCUCAACCAGCUUCAUCUUCCUCAACUACCACUACCACUACCACUACCACUACCACUCCCCCACCACCACCACGAACAUCCGCCGUCGCCGCCGAAAAGCAAUUCCGCAAAGACCUCUAUCACUACCUCCGCUGGGCAUUAUCUGGCGGAGCGCCGGGGAUAAACAUCCCAGCAACGAUGGCGAUACUAGGCCGGGAUGAAUGUGUCCGGAGACUGCGGGAGGCAAGGGAGUUGACUAUGCCCGUGCAGCACGAGGGUGAGAGUUUGGCUGGUGGACAGGGUGGAAAACUCCCAGGGGGUGAUUGGUGCACGUUGAAGGCGCAAGGCUUAAUUAAAUAGUGAGGUUCAUAGCGGCCGGUGCUAUCUACCUAUUUAUGUAUGUAUAUAUCCUAUAUAACUAUUAUAUCAUUGCUAUUUUGGUAAUGUAUAGACGGCAUUUCGAUUUAUUCGCUACUACGGGGAACAUCUUCUUCCUAUCCAUACGUAUAGGGUAUAGAGAGAGCAUCACAAACAAUACUCUUCUACCUGAAUCUACACAGCAGUUACUAUUCCUUUGCGCAGUUCCGGAUGGAUAAACAAAAAUGGGAACUUAUGUAUAAUGAAUUUGAAUUUUUGAAAAGCUGUCAAAGCCAAAUCCAGAUUAUACAUAAAAAGUCAAUGAAAACGAAGAUUAAAACAACAAAUAAUAACAACCAAAGAAUAUGAAUAUCGACGACGAUAAAAGCCCACAAUAUUGGAAAAUAGAAAGAUGGAAAAAUACUCGUAAGACAAUAAUAUACUCAAAACAAAGCACGUGGGCCGGGUUGUCAAAACAAAGAAAACGAAAAUCAGUAGUGGGCGAGAUGGAAAAGCACAAAUAUAAAGGCCACAAAACCAGACAAAAGAAGACAGGGCGAAUGCAAAACCAGAAUGCAGCAGAGCUAACCAACAAACAUUAAAAGCUCAGGCAAAAAACCAUUACAAAAUACAACCCAACUCCGAAAACUUGCUCAAAACGGACAAAUACAAAAUCGCGAACGAGUGGAAAGAAGGAGGAAAGAGGGCCUCACCGGAGGGAGUGAGGGAAAGAAAUAAUGCCCAAAAUAAUAGGGAACCUGCGCGUCAGAAGCACAUCUGUCAAAAUGGGGAGCAAGGCCACGAACAGAUAAAAUAGACAAGCCCUAUGGGGAGACUGGGUAGGAGAAAGGGGAUAAUAUACAAGACGUUGUUGACGAGUAACGGAACGGGAAGCCAUAUUCUCAUCAUGAGCAUAAAUUCCGCCGAAGUUAGUCAAGAGUGUCUUAUUUUAGUUACCAAAGAAAAAAAGCAUCCCCAGCCGGCUUCAUCAAGGCGUUUUCACAUCGGAAGGCAUAUAUCGAAGGAACUCGUUUCAACAUCAGGGCAUGAUGUAGCCAUUCGUUAAUAAGUCUCCAUGUCGUCAGUCCAUCCAUCGCUGCCAGCGACUCUCAUAACCUGGCCGUUCCCCUCACUGUAUUGCUCUUCCAUGCCGACGCCACGAAUCCCCUUGGCCUUUUUUCCAGCCAUGGAGUCUGUGGCUCCACUGUGCAAAUCGUGCCCUGGCCACUUACCCUGAGUGGCUCUCAAUUUGGCGUAAUAAACGUCUGUGGCGUCAAUCUCGGGCUCAGACUCACUGUCGUAUGUUUCCCAAUUUUC